AUGACUCUCCGAUCACCCUUGAUUGACCCCAUAAAAUCGCUCCUGACUGCUCUCACAAUUAACUCCAUCUCAACCAUAACUUCGACCUUCACCACCCAACCCGCUCCGAUUGUCCACGAACAUGGCCUCCCACAGUUGGCCCCCUUCCUCGGCCGUACCUUCACAGGUAUAGACGGCGGAGAGGGAAUUCCUGAAUAUUUCAAGAUCAUAAUGACAACUUUGGAUAUCCGAUCCAUGGCUUUCGAACACGAGUCCAAUUGGCUUGUUGACGAGACUAAUAUGGCAGUUUGUCUCCGUGGCACUGCUACGUUCAUCUGGCGGGAGACAGGUCAAUCAUGGGAUGAGACUUUCAUCUAUCGCAUUGCCGUUGCAGAGGAUGAAAGUAAUGAUGAGGCCAAGCAGGGUCGAUUAUUGGUUUCCGAGUACAAGGUUUGGGCGGAUACAGGGGCAGCCUUUCUUGCUCGCAUUGGGAGAUUACACUGA